GAGAAUCGUUGCUGUUGCCUCCAGGAUAAAGACACAUUCCUAUUGGUGGAGACGCAUAGGAGGGGACAAUCCAGGCGUUUGGAUUGGGCGUCCGGUACUCCCUUGCCCGCAUCGUUCGCAAGCUCGGAGAUGCUGAUCCGCACAGCAGCUCACCCUGAGCCAGAGACGGCGAAGCUCAGCAGUGUCACUAGCCGAGAGGAGGAGGUCCCAGACCUGGGAGUGAGCUGCAGGCACAAGCCGGACCCCCAACCAUGGAUACGGACUCCGGGGAUCUCAGCGAGGGAGAGCUGUCACCAGGACCAGAACUUUUCAGCUCAAAAAGCUUUGCUGUACAAGCACAGAAGAAGGUUCUGAGCAAGAUGGCUACAAAGGCGAUGGCAAACAUGCUUAUCGACGACACAAGCAGUGAAAUCUUUGACGAGCUUUUCAAAGCCACUAAGGAACAUGUGAGGAAUAAGAAAGAGGCUCACAAAAUCCUAAAGGACCUCAUCAAGGUAGCUGUAAAAGUUGGCAUUCUGCACAGGAAUAAUCAGUUCAGUCCAGAAGAGAUGGAGAUCGUGGAGAAAUUCAGGAAAAAGCUCAAUCAGACGGCUAUGACGGCGGUCAGUUUCUACGAAGUAGAAUACACUUUUGAUAAAAAUGUUCUUUCUGGACUCCUACAUGAAUGCAAAACUUUACUCCACGAAUUAGUACAGCGUCACCUGACGGCAAAAUCUCACAGUCGCAUUAACAGAGUCUUCAAUCAUUUCGCCGAUGUGGAAUUCCUUACUGCCCUUUAUAGCCUUGAUGGAAAUUGCAGGCCAUACCUCAAAAGGAUUUGUGACGGAGUGAAUAAAUUGCUUGAUGAAAGAGUUCUUUAAAACAAUGUCUAAUCUAUAUGUUUUUCACAAGGUGUUCAGAAAAAAAGGCUUUUAUGGACAUGUUGAUUGAAGGGGGCAGAUUAAAGCACAGCAGAUGUCUGUAUCAGGUGUCACUUUUAUUUUGGUCUAGGAAUAUUUGUGUUAUGCAUACACGGAAUGAGGCCUUCAUUCACAACCCGCAACUGUUUAAUUACUAUUUCAUUAGCUAUGCCGAGUUAUAAGACAGAUAUCAUGAACUCGCAUUGACCAGUUGCAAAGAAUCCGUUGACCUGCCAACACCGCUGUAAGAACUGGACUUUAUUAUUUGCUGGGUUUUUUUUUUUUUUUGUUUUGUUUUUUAUCAGUUCUGGUAAUGUGGCUUUUUUUCUCAGUGGUCUUAUUAAUCACAGCCACGCCAUAAGCUUGUAUACUGUAAACUACUAUUGUGAUGAAGUUGCCCGGUACCAUCUGCAAUAUUAGUUCACUUGAUUGAAAGAUAAUUAAGUUAUAUAUCGCCUUAACUUGAAAGAAUAAAAAAAAAAAAAUAUGUAAGUUAUGUCCUGCUGAUUAAAUUAAGAACACUCCAGUAGGAAAGUGAUGAUUUGUUCAUAGGAUGAAAAAUUAAAGCCUAGCCAUGUCAUUACUAGAACCUAGUUCCAUCACAUAAUGGAUAAAACACAUAAUGCUAAAUAAUCAAUCUAAAAUCUAAUUCCAUACACAAAAAAAAAAAAUUGAUAAGCAGAUACUACAGAAUGAAGAUUACAUAUAUAUUUUAUAAUAAGAUUUUACUCACCGGUAAAUCUAUUUCUCGUAGUCCGUAGUGGAUGCUGGGAACUCCGUAAGGAC